AUGUUUCAAGGCGUGUUCGGGACUACAUUCACUUUCGUAAUCAGAUGCGACUACACCGUGUGGCCGGGGAUACUCUCCAGCGCCGGCAGCUCCGUCUUGGGCUCCACCGGUUUCCAACUCGAACCCGGUUCGACCCGCUCCUUCCUGGCCCAAUCCUCCAGGUCCUGCCGGUUCUGGGGUCGAACCGGCUGCUCCUUCGACCCGUCCACCGGCCAAGGCUCAUGCGUCACCAGCGACUGCGUCUCCAACCGAAUCGACUGCGACGGGGCCGACGCCACGCCGCUGGCCACCCUCGUCGAGUUCACGAUUGGCUCCGGCGGCGCCCAGGACUUCUACGACGUCAGCCUCGUCGACGAGUGCAACCUGCCGGUGAUGGUCGAGGCCUCCGGCGGGUUGGGCGCGUGCGGGUCGACCGGUUGCGCAGCGGAUCUGAACCGGAUCUGCCCGAAAGAACUGCGGGCGGGGGGCGGUAGGGCGUGCCGGAGCGCGUGCGAGGCGUUCAGGAGAGAUGAGUACUGCUGCAGCGGAGCCUACGCGUACGAUGAUGCCACAAGUACGUUUACGUGUACGGUGGCGGAUUAUACGAUUACCUUUUGUCCUUCACUCGCAAGAUCCCACGACCUCGCCGGCUCGACCUCCGCACGACCUCCGACCUCAUUCUGUGGCCACCUCUCCGGCUCCACGACCUCUGACUUCGUCCCGUGGCGACCUCACCGGCUCCGAAGAGAUCCCGCAAAUCCUUCGCAGCUUCUCGCCGGCUCCGAGGAGAUCCCGCCAAUCCUCCGCAGCUUCUUGUCGGCUCUAAGGAGAUCCCGCCAUAUCUUAUCUGGUCCCUAA